AUGGCGGCGCGCGCCAAGGCUCAAAUGCAAGCUGUCCAGCAAACUACCAAGGAGACAGUAACUAGCGAAAGCAUCGAACUUCCUGAGAUCAGGAGCGAAUACUCGGACUCUGAGGAUGAGGACCGUGCCCCGACAUAUGAUAGACCAGAUUGGGCGCAAUCACCCGAGCUUCUGGAGGCUCUGCGCAACCAAAGAAAUGUCGAUCCUGAUGACAUCUUUGGGCCUAUACGUCCUCUACGAAUGGAGGAGUUGUUCCGAACACGGCAGAGCCGGUUCAGAGCCAGGACAAGUUCCGCGAAUUGGUCGGGGGCUGAUAGACUUACCGCCGAAGAGGAGAGAGAGUACGCUCGGCGAAUGGGAUUCCGGUGA